UUUUUUUCGAGGGUGCUGCAGUCAGGAGGGCGACGAUAAUGUCGAGCUGUCAAAUCCUACCAAUCGUACAUUAUCGUAACCGGUGAGGCAUAUAUAUCCGGUGGGAUGUGGCACCUCAAGGUCUAAUUGCGCGUAGCGCGCAUAACCUGGUUUAUGCACGUCCCCGUUUGACGCUAGCUAGCCUGACACCAGCCUUACCGCCAUGCCAGCGUCCAUACAAGAGAAGGACCACGACUCUCUGCUCCAUGUCCAUCGCCAGAUUAGGAUCUCGCCUCUGUACUAAAUGGAUUGGGCUGAUGAUAAUGCCUGUCUAAGCCGCUCUACUCAAGACCUGCGACGUGUCUUCAAAUACGAACAAAGGCCAACGAUUGUAAUACGGAUUGUAGAGAGCAGUAACUAUGAAGCUCAGAUCUGGAUUUUAGAGACAGAUGACGAUUGGACACAAUGGCUAGACACAUAUUUCAGCUACACCGGCCGUGGCCUGGUUCUAGUCUUGGCCAACCGAGCAGGAGGCAGUACACUGUGCAGAACCGAUCGCGCGCCCAUAGGUAUCGCCGACUGGCUCAGGGAAACCCAAGGCGACCUUGCUCAUACAAAUGGAUUUCGACGUGCAGAGACCUUUGCACCACUUGGAGAGAAGCAUAAUACACUACGUGCGACCCGUGAAGCAUCGUUGAGCAAACAACCUGCUCGAGGUAUUCGUCAUUUACCAUUCUCCUUACCUACGUUUGAGCGUAUAUGCGAGCGAUUUCAGAUCCAUCAAUCAUUCAUACGUGCCAUGACUCGAUCUGAUGUGCCUCUGUUCUCGUGCGAGGAAGUAGAAAUGAAAAGACCAGCGAUGGUAUACAACUGUCGAACGCCCAACGCAUGGGAAUCUGAUCUGGCUCUGUCCGCGACAUAUUACCCGGAACGCGGAUUGACGUUUGCAAUAUUGUACGGCGUUUCUUCCACGAUAGAGAGAACACUACUUGAGAGAUUCCACUCUAUCGGAGGUGAAGCCGCUCACCCACUUCUUAUGCCGGGCAUAUUCGCCGAAUUGGAACUAAAAAGGCAUACGAAAAUUGUCGAAACCCAUAUCAACAAUGUAGAAACGAUGAUUUUGGAGCUGGACGUCCGAUCAAGUGACGGUCAGGCUCACCGAAGCGCUGACAUGGAGAGCCGUAAUCGAGCGAAGCGUACAGCAUGGCUAGAUCUGACGUAUCUUCGUAAUUCGCUCACAACAUGGAGCGGGCAGCUUCUGAAGAUGACGGAACAUGAUGAUCAGCUAGAUCAACAGUACUUUCCGCCAAAAUGCAGCGAAUGUACAUCCGUUGCGCUAUCUCGACACUCGACUUGGCCACAAAAAUAUUUCCAAUUCGAGGCACGAAUGGCUGCGAUACUGAAUCCGGGAUGUACUAAUGUAGCAGAAGAUUCAUGUAACGUGAAACCAGAGAAAGAUGAAUCAGAUAGUUCGCCGUCUGGUAAGGUAGGGGCUAAUCCGGAUCCAACUCACGGUUCGCAAAGGUUACAACGGAGUGACAACUAUCGGGAUUCUCUCCCAUGCGCACAAGAUGACUGUGUGUAUCUAGAGCAGAUGCGAACCGUUGGCGAGAAGAUUCGAAUCAGGCUUGCAGCCAUCAGGGAUGAAUACGACGAAAAGAUUAGAGAUUGCACAAUGCGUGUAGAUGGCAUGGCAAUGGCUACGCAAUGGUCACAUAGCGAAACCGCAGUAGAGAUUGCACUAGCCACAAGCCAAGACUCCAAGGUCAUGAGAUCCAUCUCCUUGGUGACUAUGGUCUUUCUACCAGGGACAUUCUUUGCUACCGUGUUCUCGAUGACAUUUUUCGACUGGUUUGGUGAUGAUGGCGAAACCCAAAUUUCCAGCUAUGUGUGGGUAUACGUCGUCGUUACCGUUUUCUUCACGACAAUAACCAUCGGAUUAUGGUACUUUUUCGUCAUUUUUCGCCGUACAAAUCGCGUCGUGAACGAUGAAGAAAUGAUCGUUAUGGGAAGAUGGCAACGCAUAAGUUUCAUACCGAUGUGCUGCAGAAUGCGAGAUCGUCUGGUUCUCAGAUGUUCAAAGUGAUCUUUCAACGGACGACAAUGGAGAAAGUCGCAUCAACUCUGAGGUAUGCACAACAUCUUACUCAACCAUUCCACAAACAUUCGGCGUCUUGAUGGAACCUUCAGUUGCCUGAGAGCUGCCUGGUUGGGGACGUUGGAUUCUUGUUGUGAGUGAUGACUUUGAGGUCUAGAUGUUUCAUCUCCAGGCUUGGUACGGCUUGCUGCCAUAGUUUGGGAGUCGAGGAUGUUCUCUCUUGGAAGAACUCGACUAUCGUUUGAACUUUCGGGAGGGUUAUCAACAGGUGUCAGGUAGUGGUAGUUUGUACUUUUUCCUUUGUCUUCUGCAUUAUGCUGAGGUGGCUGAGAUGUAGGAUAUUUGUCUGGCUCAAAGCGUGUUCCAAUUGGCAUGUUCGCAGGCUGAUUUGGGUUGAGAUAAUCAAUGCUGUCGACAAACUGUAAUGGAGAGC